AUGGCAGCACCAACGGACUCUGCGGAGGGAGGCAGCGACUAUUAUGAUUCUGGAGACGAACACGGAAACGACCUCGGCGACGUGAUGAAAGAAAAUCGUUCUGACAAGUGCCUCAACCGUUCCAGGUUCUACCGGGGGGGCUUGUGCAUGAAGGGCCACAACCCCAUCUCGAGGGUGAUUAUGAUUCUCAGCCUUGCUUGGUUAUGCGAGCGGAAGUUGAGAGAUCCGUGUGGUAUCACGCGGGUGAUGACGGCGGAUGAUCCCCUGGGAAUCGCCGGCAACGAGCCUUCCGUAGGCGCGCAAGGGAUUGCAGGCAUUGAAUUGUACGAGCAAGGAACCUAUGACCAGGAGUUUGCUCAGGCUGUGAUUUCGGUCGCGGCUAUCAUGGAGGAAGGAGUUUUUUGCGAGAUCACCUUAUAUCUCUAG